UUAAGAAGUUUUCACAGCCUUCGACGCGAGCAUAGAUCAAAUGAAACUGAAAACACAAUAAAAGUAGAAUCUCUUUCUCCCAGCAUAAACAUUCGUGUCGUCCGGGGCUCUCAACGUCGGAUCGAUAUUUUCCCAUUAACCAUAACAUACGGCUGGAUCUGUUCAAAGUGGUCAAGCGGAGAAGAGGUUCAACCUGAUCGACUUCAAAAUUGCGGCGGUAUCACAACGACGUCUUGCGUGAAGUUCGCCAAAUACAGGUGGAAAGAGAUCGAUUAAAAUAGUGAGUGAAACGAAGUGUACCGAAGAAAAGUGGUCCACGGUGGAGGGUGGAGGGAACGGAGUGCAAGGGGUCGCCGUGGGCCCCGGAGAUGAUGCGAUGAUGGCCUACGGAGGAACCACCGGAAACGGAGGUGCGAUGGGACCUUCUUCUGGUGGUACGGACGUUUUGGGCUCGACCGGUGAUUACAGCCCGCAGGGGACACCGACGCCACUCACGGGACACGCUGCUGCUGGUCCCGUCGAAGCGACUACCUAUGGCCCUGCUACAGGACCAACAAGUUACAGCCCCCAAGAUAGUCCUGCGAGUUCUGCCGGCGGCGGUAGCGGCAGCAACGGGCAAUUGCCCAGUUUCGGAUUUACCCAAGAACAGGUCGCCUGCGUUUGCGAGGCGAUGGUGUCGUCUGUCCAGGUUCUCCAGCAGGCAGGCUCCGUGGAGAGGCUCGGCAGAUUUCUGUGGUCGCUGCCGGCGUGCACUAGGUUGCAUCGCCACGAAAGCGUGCUGAAAGCCAAGGCGAUCGUUGCCUUCCAUCGGGGACACUUCAAGGAGUUGUACAGGAUCCUUGAGAGUCAUACGUUCAGUCCGCACAAUCAUCAAAAACUGCAAGCUCUCUGGCUCAAGGCUCAUUACAUAGAGGCCGAGAGACUGAGAGGGAGGCCUCUUGGCGCAGUCGGGAAGUACCGCGUUCGACGCAAAUUCCCACUGCCGCGUACAAUUUGGGACGGUGAGGAGACAUCUUACUGCUUCAAGGAGAAAUCCAGGAGCGUCCUGAGGGAUUGGUAUGCCACUAAUCCCUAUCCUUCGCCUCGCGAGAAGCGAGAAUUAGCAGAGAGCACAGGGCUCACCACUACGCAAGUCAGCAACUGGUUCAAAAACCGCAGACAAAGGGACCGUGCAGCUGAACAC